CUUCCUCCAGAACUGCGCGACAUGAUUCUCGACUUCCUCCACGACGACUGCCCUGCGUUGAAAUCGUGUAGUCUCGUUUCUGGCGUUUGGCUCCCGACGACUAGGUCGCAUCUUUUCCGUUCCAUCCAAAUUCGAUCCACCGAAUCCUGCGUCGAAUUC